CACCAAGCCGUCGUGCUCGUCCUCGCCGCCGCCUCCGCAACCCACCCCUACUCCGGCGGCUCGUUGGGGAAGCGAACCAGCCACAUCAUGGCCCCGCCGCCAUCGAACUCCGACCUGCUCGAGCCUAGGGAUGUAUGCAUCGUCGGAGUCGCCCGCACGCCCGUCGGCGCGCUGCUCGGCUCCCUCUCCUCCGUCCCCGCCACCAAGCUCGGCUCCCUCGCCAUCCAGGCUUCUCUCAGGCGAGCAAAUGUGGACCCGGCGCUCGUGCAGGAGGUGUUCAUGGGGAACGUUCUCAGCGCCAACCUUGGCCAGGCUCCGGCGAGGCAGGCCGCCCUAGGAGCCGGCUUGCCCAACACUGUGCCCUGCACCACCGUCAACAAAGUUUGCUCCUCGGGGAUGAAGGCUAUCAUGAUCGCGGCGCAGACUAUCCAGCUUGGGAUCAACGAUGUUGUUGUUGCUGGUGGCAUGGAGAGCAUGUCCAAUGCCCCCAAAUAUGUCACGGCAGCAAGACGGGGAUCGCGGUUUGGACACGAUGUCCUGGUCGAUGGGAUGCUUAAGGAUGGGCUCUGGGAUGUGUAUAAUGAUUUUCCGAUGGGGAUGUGUGCUGAAUUGUGCGCGGAUCAACACUCGAUUUCAAGGGAGGAGCAGGAUCUUUAUUCUAUCCAGAGCAAUGAACGUGCAAUAGCAGCUCGGGACAGUGGUGCAUUUGCUUGGGAAAUUACUCCGGUUGAAAUUUCUUCCGGUAGAGGGAAACCACCAGUUAUUGUUGAUAAGGAUGAGAGUCUUGCAAAGUUUGAUCCGGCAAAGCUGAGGAAACUUGGGCCGACUUUUAAGAAGAAUGGUUCUGUAACUGCCGGCAAUUCUUCUAGUAUAAGUGAUGGUGCUGCUGCAAUUGUUCUAGUUAGUGGACAGAAAGCUAAUAGUCUUGGCCUUCAAGUUAUUGCAAGGAUCAGAGGGUAUGCUGAUGCUGCUCAGGCACCUGAGUUAUUUACAACAGCUCCAGCUCUUGCUAUUCCAAAGUCUAUAUCAAAUGCAGGUCUCCAAACUUCGCAAGUAGAUUAUUUUGAGAUAAACGAAGCUUUCUCUGUCGUUGCUUUAGCCAACCAGAAGCUUCUUGGUAUUCCUUCUGGAAAGCUUAACGUAAAUGGUGGUGGUGUUUCUCUGGGCCAUCCUAUUGGUUGCAGUGGUGCACGAAUUGUAGUCACUUUGCUCGGGAUUCUUAGACAUAAAAAUGGAAAGAUUGGGGUUGCUGGAGUUUGCAAUGGUGGUGGUGGUGCUUCAGCCCUUGUUCUGGAACUUAUGCAACCAUCACUAUUUACACGUUCAUUGUUGUGAACUUGGAGUGGAGCGAGCAAAACAACGCAAGCUGAACUGUAAUGUACACUAUUUUUGCUUCUCUCUGUUUUCAUCUUUUAUUAGUCAAAUGUACUGGGCGUUGAUCCAUGGUGUAUAAUGAUAGAAGGAACGUAGUAAAAAUAAGAUGGCUGUGCACUACUGCACAGUCUUGUAACUUGUAUAACAACCAUAGCAAUGAGGUAAAAGAAGUCCAGAGGAAUAAUUUGCAAACUCUUGAUGCUUGAUAACUCUUCAACAGUAAUCAGCAUCAAGCCACUGUAAUCUGGAAUGAAUAAUUGGAAUAAUGACCCGAUCUGAAGCAAUAUCA